AUGGGCAAUUCUUCGAGCUCUCACAAAGUGUCCGCGCAAGACAGGGCUAUUCUCGACCUCAAGAAUCAACGCGACAAGCUUCACCAAUACCAGAAACGUAUCUCGCUCAUCACAUCGCGUGAGACAGAAAUCGCGCGAGAAUGUCUUCGAAACGGGCAUAAAGAGAAGGCGCUUUUGGCAUUAAGGAGGAAGAAGUAUCAAGAGUCGCUAUUAUCCAAAACGGAUCAACAGCUGGCACAGUUGCAAGCGCUCACGAGCGAUGUGGAGUUUGCGCUGGUGCAGAAAGAUGUACUUUUUGGAUUAYAACAGGGCACGCAAGUGUUGAAGGAGAUACACAAGGAGAUGGGAGGGCUGGAAAAAGUGGAGAUGAUAUUGAGUGAGAGCGAAGAGGCGAGAGCUUAUCAGCAGGAAAUCAACGAUAUGCUUAGUGGGAAGAUGUCAAAUGAGGACGAGGAUGAGGUCGAAGAUGAACUGGRGGCUUUGGAGCGAGAGGCGAGAGGCGUGGAGAAUCUGCCUGAUGCGCCUUCUGUCACGAGGGACGAGCUUCCUGAUGCUCCAAAGUUGAAUCCGAAAGAAAGAAUGCAGGCGCGACGGCAAGCUGCACGAGAUGCCGCAGAGCCCAUGGCUGCAUAA